AUGGGGGACGACGCGGAUGAGGAGCCUCUGCGCGAGCUGCGGCCGGUGCUCAAGCGCACACGCCACGCCUGCGACCCGUGCCGCCGCAAGAAGAGCAAGUGCUCGGGGGACCGGCCCUCGUGCAGCACCUGCGCCCGCCUGCGCCAGCGCUGCUCGUACCCGGCCGAGGCUGACAGCGACGGCGAUGACGUGCCGGACGAAGCUGUUGCUGGUUCCGGGAUCGGGAACCGGCGCGGGGAGAGCCUCAUCCAGGGGUCACUACCACCACCAGUAACCCCAGCCACGGGCAAUCAUGGUGGCGGAAGUCGAAGUCCCCACGGCCAGCAGCAUCUCGAGUCUCGCCUGCAUUCACUAGAGUCAACCAUUUCCCAUGUAUUGGACACGCUGCACUCGGUGUCGGCCGCUGGCACCCUCCACUCCUUAUCCGCCGAAGUGCUGCAUUCUCAGGCCGCGCAACCAACACCUCGGGGAGUCAGACGGACGGCAGAAGCUGGUGCUGAGGGUGGGGGCCACGGCAGUAGCCGCAAGCGGGCACGCAUAGAUGAAUCGCCGCUGCUGUGGAAGCAAGUGGAAGCCGUGGGGAGCCAUUAUCUCAAGUACUGUGAAGGCCAGCCGCUGUACCUUUUCCACCGAGAGACGUUUGUCCGAUCAUUGAGGUUUCGGUCGGACGAGCUGCUACUGGCGAUAUUGGCCCUCACGCUAAGGUUCAAAGAUGCGCCCGCAACCCCAGCAACUACUUCAAGCGCCAGUGGGCAUGCUGCUGAAGAGUAUGGCCCCCAAGAUUCGCUGGCUCUUGCCUCGAAGGCACACGCGCUCGUCAUGACCAAGAUCGGCACCAGAGCGAUUGAGUUGUCCACCCUCCAGACACUAUGCCUCCUUGCCUUUGUCCAUUUUCACGACGGUAACCCCGACCAGUCCAUGCCCUUUGUCACCCUCUCCAUGGCCCUGACCUACGGCCUCUUCCUCCAUGCCGAGACGCCUGCGGUUCCAGCCUCCGUCAUCGAAGAACGUCGUCGGACAUACUGGAGCAUCCGCCUACUCUGCCGGCUCUGGGGCAUGGCUCCAUCCGCCUUUGACCUGCCGGGCUCACAGUCCCUCACCUCUCCGUAUCCGACGACCCCAAGCAUACCGCCAAUGUCGGCCCUGAAGCCCGAAUGUAGGACUCUGUACGUCGGUCGACACGAGGGUGCCGGCCAGCGGGGGAUCAUGGCAUGGACGUACCAUCUCGGCGAGGUCUGGUCUCAGGCCAUGAUCUUUGUCCGGCAGCGCUUCGCCGCGGCGUCUUCCUCUUCCUUCUCCUCCACGCACCACCACCAUUCCCACCACCACCAAUCUAACCAACACCCACCACCAGCGGCACACAUCGCCCCCUGGGAGACGACCUCGCAAUACAACGCCAUCAUGUCCGCCUUCAUGGGCUUCGACCGCGCCCUCCCGCACCUCCACCGCUACCGGCACCUACACCUCGGCGACCUGACCACGGCCCAGCUCAACGAGUCCCAGCGCGACUACUGGGCCCCUUGGCUGCUCAGCCGCUUCAUGUACCACACCAUCAUCAUCAUCGCGAACCACCCUUUGCUCGUAACCUUGCAGCUCCAGGGAAAGGGCAACGACUCGGAGCUGUUCCGCCAGCAGGCGCAGUUCUACACGGCGGUGCACACUUCGUGGAUCAUGCACUUUGUCACGUUCAUCGAGAGCAAAGGCUACGAGCUCGCGGAUCCGACUAUGGGGUACUGUGCUGGUGUGGUGGCCACGGUGGAGCUACAGAUGAGCUUUGCCGCGCCGCCGGCCGCGAACCGUGGCGGCAGCAGCGGCGGAGGGAAUAGUAGUAGUGGUAACACCGGGGAUGCCGGAUCCAGCAACGCAGCUGGCAGAGAGCAGCGGAGGAACUUUGAGAAGUGCCUGCGCUUCGUGCGCGCGCUGGGCAAGCGGUGGCCCUCAAUGGAGGUCCUUGCCAGGAAACUAGACGCCCUGACCGAGUCGAUCUCCAUGUCCUUCGAGUCCAUGGCCCAGCUCGAUACGGGCGGCAACAUCCACGUCGACAUCUCCAAGGUGUCCGACAUUCUCGACUACGCCGCCGGCGCAGCGAGGACACCAUUGUCGGUACAUCCACACCACCACCACGGGUCUUCGGCUGGGGAACCCGGCGGCAGCACCAGCGGUGCAGGGACAGGGUCGGGAGCGGGUGUUAAAGGCCGCCAGGAAUGGACCACGCUCGUCCAGCCGCCGUCUGUGGAUCAGCCGGAUCACGCGUCGGCUGUGGACUUCUCGGCGCUCCUGCUGAGCGCUGCCGCCGGAGCCGAUGGGAGUAGCGGCUCGGAAGUGGGUGUCGGUAGUGUUGGAGCCCAUGGUGGAUUCGGUGGCGGCGGCGGGUUUGAUCAAUCCCUCUUUGGGGCGGGUGUCAUGGGACAUCCGCAGCAGCAUCAGCAUCAGAGACACGGCGGCGGUGGUGUUCAUCAUCAAGCGGGGAUCAAUGGAACUGGUGCAGGAAUGAUGAUGCUUGGAGGGCAUAUUGACGGUCUUGUGUUCCCGGGAAACAAUGCUGGGACCAUUCCGGCUGAUAUGUUCUUCGGCAUGGGAGGCGGGCAGGAAGAGACCGCGUCGUGGGGCGCUUUUGGAGGGUUUUAG